ACAAUUGACUGCAAUCACAGUAUUUAUUCAAAAAAGCACAAUGUUUUCGGUAAACUAACAUGUCAUUUUUCUUGAUAUAUUAUUUGGUUUGUGACGUUUUGUCACGAACAAGUACCUACUUUCUGGAACUACAUAUUUUUGCAUUAAUUAAAUAGUGUAAUAAAAUCUGUGACAUGACAGCUAUAGAGAGCGCCCUCCUCGGGUUGGAUGUCUACCCGAUUCACCGUUGCAGCUAUAGCUGCAGUGUGGCAUUAACGACAGCAGAAGCAGCAACAAUACACACACAACAAUCAUGGCGGACACUGGUACCCUGGAGUGUAUAACGGAGCACGAGCGGAUUUUGCAGGAAAUUGAAAGCACCGACACGGCUUGUGUCGGUCCCACGCUUCGGUCUAUUUACGAUGACCAGCCCAAUGCCCACAAGCGUUUUAUGGAAAAGCUGGACGCCAGGAUAAGAAACCAUGACCGUGAGAUUGAGAAGAUGUGCAAUUUCCACCACCAAGGCUUUGUGGACGCCAUCACGGAGCUCCUCAAAGUCCGCACAGAUGCAGAAAAACUCAUGGGUCAAGUUACAGACACUAAUCGAAGACUACAAGAAGCUGGGAGGGAUGUGACAGCCCAGACGCAGGAGGUAAUAUGCUGUCGGAUCCAGCAGAGAAACAUGGCCACUACGGUUGAGAAGCUCCAGCUCUGUAUCCCAGUACUAGAAAUGUACAGCAAACUAAAGGAGCAGCUGGAAUCUAAAAGAUACUAUGCUGCCUUAAAAACCAUGGAGCAGCUAGAGAAGGUCUAUAUUCCCAGGGUGGGGCAGUACAGGUUCUGUCAAAUCAUGGCUGAAAAUCUACCCAGACUGAGAGAAGAGAUCAAGGAAAUAUCCAUGUCCGACCUCAAGGACUUCCUUGAAAGCAUUAGAAAACAUUCUGACAAGGUUGGAGAGGCUGCCAUGAGACAGGCACAGCUGCACAGGAACUUCAACAGUGUGGUAGUGAAGCAGGCUAGCUCGGGCCACUUUGCUAAGCCUGUGUAUUCUCUUAAUGGACGAACACACACUCACAAUGGACUGAAGAUGGAGGACGACGCAGGAGAAGACGACGAAGUGGACGAUGAGGUUCUCACAGUUCAGGACCUAGUAGACUUCUCACCCGUCUACAGAUGUUUACACAUUUACACUGUGCUGGGUGACAGAGAAACAUUUGAAAACUACUACAGGAAGCAGAGAAAAAAACAGGCCAGGCUGGUGCUGCAGCCACAGGCAAACAUGCACGAGACAGUUGAAGGCUACAGGCGAUACUUCAAUCAGAUCGUAGGGUUUUUUGUUGUGGAGGAUCACAUCCUUCAUGCCACAUACGGGCUGGUGACUAGAGCUUUCACUGACGAACUGUGGAACAUGGCCCUGUCUAAGAUCAUCGCUGUUCUCCGCACACAUUCUUCUUAUUGUGAGGACCCAGACCUGGUCCUGGAACUGAAAAACCUUAUUGUCAUCUUUGCAGACACACUACAGGACUAUGGUUUCCCAGUGAACCGUCUGUUUGACCUGCUGUUUGAGGUCAGAGACCAGUACAACGAAACCUUGCUGAAGAAGUGGGCCCUGGUUUUCAGGGAGAUCUUUGAGUUGGACAACUACAGCCCAAUCCCCGUGGAGACAGAAGAAGAAUACAGACUGGUUGUCAGUCGAUUUCCCUUCCAUGACGCAGAGAUAGAGAAGCAGGACUUUCCAAAGAAGCUGCCGAUGUCCCAGUCUGUCCCUCAGAUCUACACACAGGUCAAAGAGUUCAUUUACGCCAGCCUCAAGUUCUCAGAGUCAUUACAUCGCAGUUCAACAGAAAUUGAUGACAUGCUGAGAAAAUCCACCAACCUGCUGCUGACGAGAACGCUCAGCUGCUGUCUGCAAAACCUCAUCAAAAAGCCUCACAUUGGACUGACUGAGCUGGUGCAGAUCAUUAUUAACACCACCCACCUGGAGCAGGCCUGCAGGUAUCUAGAGGAGUUUAUAACCAACAUCACAAACGUCUCCCCUGAAACCGUUCACACAACGAGACUGUAUGGAUUAUCCACGUUCAAGGAUGCACGCCAUGCUGCAGAGGGAGAGAUCUACACCAAACUGAACCAGAAGAUCGAUGAGUUUAUCCAGCUGGCAGAUUAUGAGUGGGGCAUGGCUGAGUCCGACGGCCGCGCCUCUGGAUACCUCAUGGAUCUGAUCAACUUCCUACGUUCUACCUUCCAAGUCUUUACACAUCUCCCGAAUAACAACAAUGACCAUGCUUCGAUGUCGGGCAAAGUGGCUCAGACAGCGUGUAUGUCGGCCUGUAAACAUCUGUCCACGUCGCUCAUGCAAAUGCUCCUCGACUCCGAACUUAAACAAGUCAGCAUGGGAGCCAUUCAGCAAUUCAACCUGGAUGUCAUCCAGUGUGAAUUGUUUGCAAGCUCAGAGCCUGUUCCUGGUUUUCAAGGAGACACACUGCAGCUUGCUUUUAUCGACCUACGACAGCUGCUGGACCUGUUCAUGGUUUGGGAUUGGUCAACGUAUCUGGCAGAUUAUGGUCAACCAACAUCUAAAUACCUGAGAGUAAAUCCAGCCACGGCUCUGGCUCUACUUGAAAAAGUCUACAGGGGGAUGAAGGACAGCAGUAAGAAGAACAACAUCUUCUCUCAGUUCAGGAAGAACGACAGAGACAAACAGAAGCUGAUAGAGACUGUGGUCAAACAGCUGAGGAGCCUGGUCAACGGCAUGUCCUCCUAAAUACUACACAACACACAAACACAUACAGGUACCAAGAUGCCAACAUGCAGAAGGACGAUAAUGACACACUGUACAGAAGAGAGUGAGUGAACACACACAGAUGACAAAACUACACAGCAAUACACACUGAACCAGGCAUGCAGGGAAGUGAGCGCAGACACACCAUCUGUGUGAACUCAAGUCCUCAUACUGUUGUAGACUCAAUAUUUAAUGUAAAUAACAACAAAUACACACAGACACACAUCCUCUUAUUGGACUGAACAGUCAAAUGUAAAGUAUUUUUAUUGGUUUUACUGACUGAAAUUAUAAUAUUAAUUAUUUUAGCUGCAGGGUGAGACUGGAUGUGACAAGUACUGACACAAGGGGUUUAGGGGUCAACACUUUUUUUCCCACUCAUAUACAUUAAGGCCAAUAUUCAGUUGUUUAUUACCAAAAGUUAAUUGGUACAUGAGGUAGGUGAAAUUAUGAAGCUCAUUGUGCUAGUACUUCAUUUAAUGUGUGUUUAUGUACAGUGUGUGAAUUGUGUGUGUUUGCCUUGUGUGUUUAUGUGUGAGACACUGGCAGAAAGCUGAAUGAUGACGUCUCGGAAGACUGACGUUCUGGAAAUGAAUGAAGUUUUGUUUUAUCCCUCUCUAUCUUUCCUUUCUGUACUUCUUUUCUUCUGUUUGCCUUUCUCUUAGCCCUUGAGCUAAAUACUGAACUUGGAUGGUGUCACUGUUCUCAGUCAAUGACUCCAAUUUUUUUUUUCAUGGCCCAAUAUGUGUCAAAAAGUUAUAUCACAAACUACUGCAUUAACAGUGCAUUCAAUUACCACACAUAUUUACAUAGAAAAGGCUCCACAGGGAGUCUACAGAGACUUCACUCUGACUGGUUAAAUGUGAAAAAUCAUGAUUAAUCACAGAAUGUCAACUGUAUUAACAGCUAAUCCAAAUCUGGAUGUGAAGUGGGAUUAAAAAGUCUUUAAGCACCCAAACAUUUAGGCCAAACUGUUUAUUACUUUAAAUCAGUAGUUCUAUAGUUAAUUUAAAUGAUAUGCACUAAUAACAACUUAGAAUACCCAUAAUAUAUGUAAAUGUUUGCAUCUUCAGCGAUUUCACUCCUUGCCAGUGUUAACUAGAUGUCACCCAGUUCUACCAAAUCUUUUUGCUAAAUCCAAAAAUAUUUAAAGAAAAUACAUUUAUGUUUUUGUAUUUUAUUUAUGAUGUUGGUUUGUUAAACAUAAAACAAUGUUUGUGAUCGCUACAAAUCAUGUGGUAUUGAUAGAAACAGUCUUAAAGCAACCCUAGGCAUGGGCUUUUAAAGAAGACAGCAACGCUGUGUUGUUUUUCUGUUAGCAAGCUGGCUAAACAGUACUACUGGGCAGAAUGAUACAACAGAAAAACGUCUAAUCAGACCGCAUGCUUGGAGUGUUUUACUUGCCAAGUGUUAAUGCGACUAUUUUUGGCAAAUGAUAUCUGUAAGAUGUGAUCACAGCAGAAUUUUUUUUCAUGACACAGGGGAAGCUGCUUGUUCACUGAGUGAAUUUAUCUCUUAUAACACACAACUGUCCGGCUCCAAAUGUUGGCCUGCACAUGUCAAACCACAGCAGCCACAGGAGUUCACACCCACUGCAGUGCAGCAGAGUAACACCUGCUGGCCUCAGUUGUUUGACAUUUCUGUCCUGCAGCUAGCAGCCAAAUACACUGCUACUGUGCACUUGGACAGGAUCAGUGGACAAGCAUUUCUCACAUAGUCGGACAUGUUCGCACGGGCACUUGGUAGAACGUGACCGCCACGUAAACUGUACAUUCUGUGCAGAGCAGAGAAGCCAGAAAUAUAGGUCGCUCUAGCAGUACAGGAUGUUUAUGCUACGGCGUGUUAGGUUUUUUUCGAGAUGCCAAUGUCUCAAAUCCUCUGCUUUCGUGCUAACACAUUUUCUUGUUACACUGAUGUAAACAGAACAUCAAGGUGUUAUACAGUAAUCAAGUCCAUAAGUACCCCAGAGCUAGAAGUAUGCCACACUUCAGAUGCACAAAGGAAUAACGGUGCUAGCAUGCUAACAGCAAACAACUGAAAAUACUUAAGUAGCUGUGAUGCAUUAGCUAUCUUGCUUUAAUGACCUUCAAUUGAAAUGGAUGAUUUAUCAUAAUAAAUGAAAAAGUGACUGGCCUAUUAUAAAAAGACAUAACUUGGGAACAAAAUUGAGAUUUAGCAUUUAGAUCAAAGUUUACUCUUGUUGAAAUACUCAGAAAGUGGUCAGCUACCAGUCUACAAAACCUACUCCAUUUGUGAUCUCCAUUUAAAACCUAAAUAAUUAGCCCCCAUGUGCUAAUUUCCAACACGUCAUUAAAUAAUGUCAUAUGAUCUUAACCCCCAAGUUGAGCAUCAUUUUCAUUCAGAUUAUUUUGUUUUCUGUUCCUCAGGGUGGAGUUAAGCUUUAUAAUGACCUACAUAACCACAAUAUAUUCACCAAAAACAGCAAUAAUGAUUGGUUUAUUUUUAGCCUAAUUAGGCAAUGGAUUAAUUGAUUAACUCUUGAUGGAAACAUUUUUAUAACAAGACUGUUUUUAUUCAGUUGUUUGUUUUUGUUCUUUACUUUUAUGAGGCAUUUUUGCACUGAAGCUCAUGAAUAUUGUUUUCCUUUUCUUUUUUUUAAAUAUUUGCUUGUAAAUGCCACUGUAUAUACUGCAUAUUUUGUAAAGAAAAUAUUACAGCAGUUUGUCUGCUGCAAACUUGACCUGGGGGGGGGGGUAAAUGUAUGAUGUGCACCUCCAUUAACACCUGAAGCAAAUAUGUAACUAGUAACAGUGUGAAUUUGCAUCUGUUGCUUCCUGGUGAUCACACUUGUGUACAGAUUGAGUAACUCUGUGUUCUGUUAUUUUAUUUGGUUUACUAUAAUAUAUUUCAAUGAAUGAUUUAACCAUUUGCUUAACUUAUCAAAGUGGAUUCCAAAACUACAGGCAUCAUCACAAGACCUUUACAUGGAAUGAAUGUAAGUACAAGUGAAGAGGUUCAUUGGGUCUCUCCUGGACUGAAAAUUUUUUUCCUUACAUUUUUUCGUGACAAAAUGCUGUUAUAAUAAUAAAAAAAUGUAUUCAACUGGGAAA